CAGGGGAAGGCGCGAGGUUUCCGGGAAGACCGCACCGCCCCUCGCCCCGCGAUGGACCGCUCUAUAAAAGGACCCGUCCGCAGUCCUGGCGCCCAGUCGGCGCCAGCGAACCGACCUGCUCGCCUCCACGUUGCUAGUUUCUCCCUGCCGAGGUCGCUACGGCUCCCAUGGCCAUCGGAUCUCUGCUGCGGGUGCUCCUGGCCCUGCUCGGGGCUCUGCUCCCAGGGGCUGGAAGUGCCAACACAUCAGUGCAACCCCAGGAAGCCAUCAUACCCCAAGGAGGCUCCAUGAACGUGACCUGCCUUGCCACCUGUGAUCAAAAUGCCACUUUGGGUCUGGAGACUCCGUUGACUAAGAGAGUAGUGAACAGGGGGAACAACUGGGUGACCUAUGAACUUAGUGGCAUACAAGACGACAGCUCUCCAAUAUGCUUCUCCAACUGUGGUGCCGAGCAGACCGGAGCUUCAGUAUCCCUUACUGUGUACUGGUUCCCAGAACAUGUGGAGCUCGCACCCCUGCUCCAGUGGCAGCCUGUGGGUGAAAACUUCACCCUACGCUGCAAGGUGAAGGGAGGUGCACCCCGGAGCAACCUCUCCGUGGUGCUGCUCCGAGGGCAGGAGGUGCUGGACCGGUGGCCUGUGGAGGGACAUCCCGCUGAGGUCACCACCACAGUGCUGGCACGCAGAGAGGACCAUGGCGCCAAUUUCUCUUGCCGUACAGAACUGGACCUUCGGACCCAAAGCCUGGGACUGUUCCAGAACACCUCAGCUACCAGGCAGCUCCAAACCUUCGUUCUGCCAGAGAUUGGCCUACGCCUUGCCACUCCCCGAAUCAUGGAAGUGGGUACACAGUCGCUUGUGAACUGCACCCUGGAUGGGCUGUUCCCGGCCUCAGAGGCCCAGGUCUACUUGACACUGAAGGACCGGAGGCUGGAACCCACAGUCAAGUACAGCAGUGACUCCCUCUGUGCCACUGCCUUGGUCAGGGUGAAUGCAGGGGAGGAAGGCAUCCAGCAGCUAAGGUGUACGGUGACGCUGGCAAACCAGAAUCGGAGGACUAUCGAGAAUGUGACCAUCUAUAGCUUCCCAGCUCCCAACCUGACCCUGAGCCAGUCGGAGGUCCCAGAGGGGACUAUGGUGACAGUGGAAUGCAAAGCCCAUCCUGGAGCCGUGGUGACGCUGAAUGGGGCCCUAGCCGGGCCUCUAGGCUCAAGUGCCCAGUUCACACUGAAUGCCAGUGAGGAGGACCACGGGCGUAACUUCUUGUGCUCUGCUGUCCUGGAGGUGAACGGGAUGAAGCUGUACAAGAACAAGACCCAGAAGCUCCUUGUCCAGUAUGGCCCUCGACUAUUCGAAAGUGAUUGCCCGAGAAACUGGACUUUUCAGGAAGGCUCCCAGCAGACCCUGAAGUGCCAGGCCAGGGGGAACCCCACCCCCCAGGUGAAAUGUCACCGGACAAAGGAUAAGGCUUUGCUGCCCAUUGGGGUCCUGAGGACUGUCAUGAGGAAUAUUUCGGGCACCUACAACUGUCAGGCCAGCGGCUAUCAUGGUGUGGUCACCCGUGAAGUGUUUGUGAGCGUGAACUACCAGGACCAGAAUAACACAGUUGUCAUCAUUCUGGUGGCAGCUGCUGUCCUCUUGGCCACUGUGGUCACAGCCGCUUACUUCUAUAACCGCCAGCGGAAAAUCCGGGAAUACAAGCUACAGAAGGCCCAGGAAGCCUGUAACAUAAAGCUGAACACACCCCCCUGAGCCUGCCCCUGGACAGGUGCCACCACCCGUGGCAGUGGGGCUACACUGAACAGUGGUAGGCAUUUGCCAUUCGCUGUCCCCACCUUCCUGGGAUGCUGGAGCACAGGACAGAGGCCUCAGCCAGGGGACAGACAGCACUGAGGGUCGUGGCACCUGCACACUCAGGACUCACAUUGGACUUGUAGUCACAGGACUGAGCCACGACUCCAGGGCAAGGCUAGGGGCACACCUGUCAGUGGUGUCAAAGGCUGACCAGGCCCGAGAGGUGUGGUGGAGACAUGUACCUUCAACAUGGGGACACCCAUCGGGAAAGCACUGAAAUUCCCCCUGCUGCAUGAACUAAGGCCCUAAAGUUCUGAGAGAGAAGUGGCCCUGCCCAGGCAUGGGCAGCAUUGAAACACAAAUUCUUACACCUUCCUCUGACGGAGGCCCCCUCUGGCAGUGCUGCCUACUGACGGGCUCCAGCUCUGGAUGAUGAUAUAUUUAUUCGUUUGUUCUUUUUCCAGAUAUUUAUUAGUACCUUUUAUGUGGGGUGGAAUGGUAAACAAGACAAACAGAAGUUCCUGCCUUCAGGAAACUCUCGGUCUAAUCUCAUUCGGGGUCGUCAGGGGCAGUUUUAUUGCCUAUGCACUGCACAAGAGAGCCUUGUAAAAAGAUCAAGUUGGGUGGAAUCUCCUACUCCAUGGGCCAAACUGCUUUCCCCCAGAAGGGGACUAGCAAAUCGACAAGGUUUAGCUGGUGACAAGCCCAGGGACAACCCACAGGGCUCUUAAUCCCCAGCUCUGGUGCUAACCUCUCCACCCAUACGCAUCUCUGUGAGUGCUCACACUCAGUGGCAUGCCUCAAUGAGUGCCCACUCCCUGACAGCUGAACCAUGGGGUCCCACCCUGGCCAGGGUAGCUCUCAGUUAAUUAGAGCAUCAUCCUGAUACGCCAAGGUUGUAGGUUUGGUCCCUGGUCAGGACACAUAAGAGAAUCAACCAGUGAAUGCAUAAAUAAGUGGAAUGACAAAUUAAUCUCCCUCUUUAUACCCCUUCCUCUUUCUCUCUAAAAUCAAUAAAAUUACAAAUAAACCAUAGGUUCUCAUGAAAGUGUGCCCAA